UCAGUUGUUUUUAUGUGAUUAAACUUUCGGCAUCAAAAAAUUUAAAGAUGAAAUUUUUAAUAAUUUUGGCAUUUUUACAAAUAAUGUGCGCAGAGUAUCAUUCGGAUUCUCCGUGUCCAGUUCGUCCUGUUCAACAAAAUUUUGAUAUUAAAAAAAUUUCCGGAAGAUAGUAUACAGUAAUGAAAUAUGAGGAUACUUAUGGUUCAAGUUUAACUUGUGCUUAUGGAGUAUACACUUCGAUUGAUGAUAACUCUGUUAAAGUUGUUGAUUGUGAACUUUCUGAAGGAAAAUAUACAUGCUUGACUGGAAUCAUAUCAGUUGAUAAUCAGACAUUAGAAGGCAGAACAUUAUAUGCAUAUUUUGAUAACCCAACACAAAAAGUUGAUGCAUUCAAAUAUCUUUCAACUGACUACGAUAAUUAUGCGAUAGUUUAUGAAUGCAAAGAAAAGCCAACAGGAAAAUCAGUCCAUUAUCUUUGGAUUUCAUCAAGAACACCAAUCAUGUCUGAUAGCACAAAAACCACUGUUGAUGCAAUAAUAGGAAAAUAUUUUGAUCAAAAUGAGGUUAAGUUAAUUGAGCAAAAUCUGAACAUUUGUGGUUCUCGUCCUUGA